AUGGCCUUGCUUAGAAAGAAUGUCAUCACAGAACCUACCCCCAAGGUUCCCCCGGACGCCCGUCUCAGCCAGGCCAGCAGCAGCCUCAUUUGCCCCAUGGCCUUCGUGCUCUCUCUACUGACCGCCCUGGUGGUGUUCAGCUAUGGCUCUGGUGAAUCUCUGGGCUGCGACCUGUCUCAGAACCACGUGCGGAUUAGCAGGAAGAACUUCAUGCUUCUGGGCCAGAUGCGGAGAAUCUCCCCUCGCUUCUGUCUGAAGGACAGAAAAGACUUCGGUUUCCCCCAGGACAUGGUGGAUGGCAGCCAGCUCCCGAAGGCCCAGGCCACCUCUGUCCUCCACGAGAUGCUCCAGCAGGUCUUCCGCCUCUUCCACACAGAGCGCUCCUCUGCCGCCUGGGACACCUCCCUCCUGGACAAACUCCGCACUGGACUCCAUCAGCAGCUGGAGGACCUGGACGCCUGCUUGGUGCAGGCGAUGGGAGAUGAAGAAACUGCCCUGGGAGUGACGGGCCCUACACUGGCCGUGAAGAGGUACUUCCAGGGAAUCCACCUCUACCUGAAAGAGAAGAAAUACAGUGACUGUGCCUGGGAAAUUGUCAGAGUGGAAAUCAUGAGAUCCUUGUCUUCAUCAACCAACUUGCAAGAAAGGAUAAGAAUUAUGCAUGGAGACCUGGGGUCACCUUGA